AUGUCCACCCCCGUCUCCCCAUCCCCUUCCCUCUCCCCGCUGACGCUGGCCUCUCCAAACUCGGCCCCCUCUCCCGGCAGCUCCCCUUUGCCCUCGCCCCUCUCACCUCCGCCCAGGGUGCCUGUGUUCCAGAGGAAGGGGGCGCUCAAACACAAGAGGAUCGUUGAAGUGAAGGACCAUCAGUUCACGGCCCGUUUCUUCAAACAGCCCACCUUCUGCAGCCACUGCACUGACUUCAUCUGGGGCAUCGGGAAGCAGGGAUUCCAAUGUCAAGUGUGCAGUUUUGUGGUCCACAAACGAUGUCACGAGUUUGUGACCUUCACUUGUCCCGGCUCGGUGGCGGCUCCCAGACCAGAUGACCUGAAGAGUCAACACUCGUUUAAGCUGCAUACCUACUCCAGUCCAACCUUUUGCGACCACUGUGGCUCGCUACUCUAUGGGCUCAUACACCAGGGCAUGAAAUGCAGCUGUUGCGACAUGAAUGUCCAUCGGCGGUGUGAGACCAGCGUUCCCAGCCUCUGUGGCCAGGAUCAUACAGAGAAGAGAGGGAGGAUCCACCUGACCGUCAGAGGAGAGAAAGAGGAUAUCUUUGUCACAGUGCGGGAGGCUCGUAACCUGAUGCCUAUGGAUCCUAAUGGCCUGUCAGACCCUUAUGUCAAACUGAAAUUGAUUCCAGACCCCAAGAGCCACAGCAAACAGAAGACCAAGACCAUCCGCUCCACACUCAAUCCUGUCUGGAAUGAGAGUUUCACCUUCUCAGUGCGCGGCCACCAGUGGGACAGGCGUCUGUCUGUGGAGGUGUGGGACUGGGACCGCACAUCUAGGAAUGACUUCAUGGGAGCGUUGUCAUUCGGAGUGAGUGAGAUCUUCAGACGCUCUGUCAGCGGCUGGUUCAAACUGCUGGCCCAAGAUGAAGGAGAGUACUACAACAUCCCUGUACCCGACCCAGACCUGCAGGUAGGAGCCACACCGGAGAACUGGCCUGCUAAAAUAUGUGCAAUGAUGCCUGAAGUGCCUGUAUGGUACCGCUGGAUAAAAAAAAAAAUAGCAGAAGAAGGGAGUAUUUCUACAAAGAUUCAUUGCCCUGGCAAGGUCAAGGUGUCCAUUCACGACUUCAAUUUCCUCAUGGUGCUGGGCAAAGGCAGCUUUGGCAAGGUCCUGCUGGCAGAGGAGCGGGGAAGCGAGCGCCUGUUUGCAGUGAAGGUGCUGAAGAAAGAUGUGCUCUUCCAGGACGAGGACACCGAGAGCGCCAUGGUGGAGAGGCGGGUUCUAGGUCUCGCCGCUCGCCCUCACUUCCUCACAUCACUCUACUGCGCCUUCCAGACUGAGGACCGUCUGUAUUAUGUGAUGGAAUAUGUCAAUGGAGGAGACCUGAUGUUUCAUAUCCAGAUAGUUGGCAAAUUCAAAGAGCCUCACGCGGCGUUUUAUGCAGCAGAGAUUGCAGUCGGCCUCUUCUUCCUCCACAACAAAGGCAUCAUCUACAGGGAUCUGAAGCUGGAUAAUGUGCUGCUUGACAGCGAAGGCCACAUCAAGAUAGCAGACUUUGGGAUGUGCAGAGAGGGCAUGUUUGAGGGCGACACCACGCGCACCUUCUGUGGCACCCCUGACUACAUUGCCCCUGAGAUUGUGGCAUAUCAGCCGUAUAGUAAAGCGGUGGACUGGUGGUCUUAUGGAGUGCUGCUGUAUGAAAUGCUGGCAGGACAGCCACCAUUUGACGGUAUGGAUGAGGAGGAAUUGUUCCAGUCCAUCAUGGAGCAGUGUGUUACCUACCCGAAAAGUCUCUCUCGUGAGGCUGUUGCAAUCUGCAAGGGGCUCCUGACGAAGAACCCGGUCAAGCGUUUGGGUGGAAGCGAGGAGGCGGAGAGGGAGAUCAGGGAGCAUCCUUUCUUCCGCUGGAUCGACUGGGACCGUCUGGAGAGACUGGAGAUCCAGCCUCCUUUCAAACCCAGAACUGGUGGGAGAAAAGGCGAGAACUUUGACAAGUUCUUCACAGCGGCUCCUUCAGCGAUCACUCCCUCCGACCCGGACGUUCUAGCGGCCAUCGACCAGGACGACUUCCAGGGCUUCUCCUACAUCAACCCAGACUUCGCCCCCUCGCCCCUCACCGCUGUUUGAAGAUGGCUGCACCCCACCCCAAACCCCGCCAAACAUACCCAGAAUCCCCCUGUCAUCCCCCUCCUCUAGUAGUUUUAUAACAGAGAAUUUUAACAUUUGAGAACUUACAUAACAGUGAGUAUUAAAGAAAGCUCUCAUAACCAAAUGCUGACGUUUACAUGAAAAAACCAAGACACCUUUAUAUCCAUACAUUCACUUUAAUGUAAUGUAACUUGAUAAUCAUGGGAUUCAGCCAUUUAAAACAAUACAAACGAUAUGUAGUCAUGAUAGAUUGCCAUCGUAGACCUUUUUAUAAGACCUCUCUAAACUUGAUUUAAUGAUAUGUGAUAUUGCCAGACUAUUAAAAUGAGCGCCCUGCAGACUCAACCGACUAAAAAGUGGAGUAAGCACAUGAUUUACCAGUGAGUUGGUGACAGCCAUAUUGAGAGCCAUGAAGACUCAGCCAUCAAAUUACAUGUUUUUGUUAGUUAAGUGUGAACAGUCCUCACUUUAAUCAACAUUUGGCAUUUUUGCAUGGUGUACCUUUAAAACAAGAAUACUCCCAUAUGAACCUGAUAAAAUUAAUAUACUCUUAAAAUCUCCAUGCAUGCAAUAUUUGUGUAGAGGAAAUUGCUUGCACA